AUGCUCCAGUUCAACGUCACACUGCAAGUCGGGAAUUGGGUCUUCACGUCUCCCUUUACCAGCCGCGCCCCGUCCUUGGAUGCUUUCGUAGCAGAUGUGAUCUCGCCUCCUCUGCAGAGAGAUCACCAGUCUCCAGCACCUUUCGAGUCGAACAAGAUGUCGUCGAUACGGAGCUCAAGACCAGGUCUGAUCCCUCGAUUGGCCCGCUCAUUACCCCGGACUCAGAUUCAGAUCCACCCUCGUUCUCGCCCAGGGCUCCCAUGCCAGCGACGACCCGCCGUCCCCAUACUCCCCACGGGGAACGGGAGCAAGCGAACCAUCGCCACCUUCACACCUCCGUACCAGGCCCAAGUCAUAUCUACGAUCCAGUCUGUAAUAGAUACCAGCAGCGAUGAGUUCAAGGAGAACCAGCUGGCCAUGGACGAGGCCAUGGCCCGCUUGACCGAGCUCACACGCAAAGUCCAGCAGGGCGGGCCGCCAAAAGCAAGAGAGAAGCACCUGGCAAGGAAAAAGAUGUUGCCUCGGGACAGAGUCACGGCGCUGAUAGACCCGGGCACAACAUUCAUGGAGCUGGGCGGUCUGGCUGGUCAUGAGCUAUAUCCGGAGGCGGAGGUACCUGCCGCAGGCAUCAUCACGGGCGUAGGCGUUGUGGAGGGGGUGACAUGCGUGAUUGUUGCCAACGACAGCACUGUGAAGGGCGGAACAUACUACCCAAUCACUGUUAAAAAGCAUCUGAGGGCGCAGGCUGUCGCUCAGGAGAACAAGUUACCAUGUAUCUACCUUGUGGACUCCGGCGGCGCGAACCUGCCUCACCAGUCCGAUGUCUUCCCCGACCGCGAUCACUUCGGCCGCAUCUUCUACAACCAAGCACGCAUGUCUGCAGCCGGAAUCCCACAAAUAUCUGUUGUUAUGGGACCUUGUACAGCAGGAGGCGCCUACGUCCCCGCCAUGUCAGACGAGAGCAUCAUUGUACAGGAGCAGGGGCACAUCUUCCUCGCUGGUCCGCCCUUGGUCAAAGCUGCGACGGGAGAGUCAGUCAGUGCCGAAGACUUGGGCGGAGGCAAAAUGCAUUCGAGUGUCUCAGGUGUGACUGACUAUCUGGCCGUGGACGAUGCACACGCCCUUGUCCUGGCGAGACGGUGCGUCAGUAAUCUGAACUGGCCUCAGAAGACAGGCUCGCCACAACAAAAGGAAACUUUCACCGAGCCGCUGUACUCUCCAACGGAACUUCUAGGCAUUGCAUCUAGCAAUCUGCGAAAACCCCUCCCCAUCCACGAGGUAAUCGCCCGUGUGGUCGAUGGCUCGGCGUUCGCAGAGUUCAAGCGCGACUACGGGACGACCCUGGUGACGGGCUUCGCGCAUAUUUAUGGGCAACAGGUCGGUAUCGUUGCCAACAACGGCAUCCUGUUUUCUUCUUCUGCAUUGAAAGGCGCGCACUUUAUCGAACUGUGUAGCCAGCGUGGCAUCCCGCUUGUCUUCCUGCAGAACAUUAGCGGCUUCAUGGUCGGUACUGAUGCGGAGAGGGAAGGCAUUGCCAAGAACGGCGCGAAGCUGGUCACCGCGGUGGCUUGCGCCGACGUGCCCAAGUUCACAGUUGUGGUCGGCGGCAGCUACGGUGCUGGUAACUACGGCAUGUGCGGGAGGGCAUAUUCACCCAGGUUUUUGUGGAUGUGGCCCAAUGCAAGGAUUGGUGUGAUGGGCGGCGAGCAGCUGGCCGCAGUGAUGGAGACCGUUGGAAAGACCGUGGAUGCGGGUCUGAAGGAGAGGAUCGAGAAAGAAAGCGAUGCCGUCUACUCGAGCGCCAGGUUAUGGGACGAUGGAGUCAUCCCCCCACAACAUACGAGGCGCUACCUAGGACUGGGCUUACGGGCUGCCAUGUCCGGCCGCAAUGAAGUCAAGCCUGGCGACACGAAGUUUGGUGUCUUCCGAAUGUAG